GAUAUGUAACCUAACUUUUAAGUGAAUAUUUAUUGUAAUUUUAUUCUACGUAUUUAAGAAAUUAAAUUUAGUAAACAUGGUGUAUUAUUUUGAGAGUAACAUAGUCUCACCUCCAAUUUUAUUGUUUAUGGGUUUUGAUAAGAAUGAAAAUGAAGAUCUCAUACGAUGGGGCUGGCCAGAAGACGUUUGGUUUCAUGUUGAUAAAGUGUCUUCCGCUCAUGUUUAUUUAAGAUUGAGACAAGGUCAAACUAUAGAUGACAUACCAUCCUCAGUUCUUGAAGAUGCAGCACAACUAGUCAAAGCCAAUAGUAUCACUGGCAAUAAAAUGAAUGAUGUUGAUGUAGUGUAUACCAUGUGGGCAAAUUUGAAAAAAACGCCAGAUAUGGAUGUAGGACAAGUAGGAUUUUAUAAAGAAAAAGAAGUGAGAAAAAUAAAAGUAGCAAAAAGAAUAAAUGACAUUAUUAACAGGUUAAAUAAAUCCAAACGGGAAGAACAUCCAGAUUUUAGAGCAGAAAGAGAAAAGAGAGAUAGGCUAGAAAGAGAGGAUAAGAAAAAGAUACUAAAAGAUCAAAAGAAGCAACAGGAGGAAGAUGAAAAGAAGAGAAAGGAAGAUGCUGAACUGAAAAGUUACAAUUCUUUGAUGAGUCAUGACAAUAUGAGUAAAUAUGAUGAUGGAAAUGAUUCUGAUGACUUUAUGUAAAAUAAGAAUAGUAAAUGUCAAACAGCUGCAUAAGUUUAUACAUUUUGAAUUGAAAUAUGGGUUUAAAAAUUGUUUUUUUCCUUUUGUU